CUCGUCUCCUCAAGAAUGCCUUCUGGGCUCGUGAAAGCCUAAGGAGGAUGGGGAGGCAGCGGACUACAUUUCCCAGAAGGCGCUACGCAAAGCGUGUGAAGUAACCUGGUGGCCUCCUUGAUCCCACAGGUUUACUAUAUUGGUGCUGGAUUUUUAAUGUGGUUAUUGAAUCUGCUCAGUUCUAUUACAACUCAGAACUACUGACCUGAAGCAGGCUAUCAGCCUCAGCCUCCCUGGUAGCAGGAAUUACAGGCAGAACUUUCCGUUAUGACCCGGCUUUUUGGCUACGUUGAUGUCACAGAUUUCAGCUUUCUGGCUGCUGUCCUCUGCAUCAUUUUCAAUCCCCUUUUCUGGAACGUGGUUGCAAGAUGGGAACACAAAACACGCAAACUGAGCCGGGCUUUUGGUUCUCCCUACGUGGCAUGUUACUGUCUGGGAACAACUGUCCUGCUUCUGAAUUUCCUCAGGUCUCACUGCUUUACCCAAGCCAUGUUGAGGCAGCCGAAGAUGGAAAGGUUGGAUUGUCUAGAAGCAUAUUAUGUAGGCCUGGUCAUCCUGGGAAUCGGGAUUAUCUUUGUGCUCUCCAGCUUCCAUGCCCUUGGAUUCAUUGGGACAUAUCUAGGUGAUUACUUUGGAAUCUUGAAGGAAGCAAGAGUGACAAAGUUUCCAUUUAAUGUUUUGGACAAUCCUAUGUAUUGGGGAAGCACAGCCAACUACCUGGGGUGGUCAAUCAUGAAUGCCAGUCCUACAGGCCUUAUGCUGACCAUCAUUGUGGCUCUCACCUAUACAGUUGCCAUUGUGUUUGAAGAGCCUUUCACUGAGGAGAUCUACCGACAGAAAGCUCUAAAGUCAAAGAAGAAUAAAUAACGCUGGCAGGAUUUGUGUUGGAGAAUGGGUAGUGGAAGGACUGGGCUGACUGCAUUGCUGGAAGCCAAACUCUGGCCCCUACUUUACGUGUUGGAUAAUUUCAAGUGAAAUGCUUCCUGGCCACUUGGGUCCUCAGCUCUGGCCUCCCUCACCCCCAGGGUCAAGGCUGGUCACAUAAGGUGCCUUUUGAAACUGCUGCCUGAGGGGUGGGGAGGCUGCACUGGGCACAUGCCCACAUCCUCCUACCCCCAACCUCCCAACUUCUAUAAUAAAGAAAUAAUUCAUAUCCA